AUGUUGAAUAAUCUAAGUUCAAAUAUUAUUGAAGUUCCCUAUCCUCCUCAAAUAACGCCUCAAGAAAUUAUUAACCAACGAGGACCAGAACGACUAUCAGCCAGAAGUCCUAAUGCUUUCUUUAUUUAUCGAAAAGCAUAUCUUAAUCAAUUAAAAGUUCAAAAAUGUAAAUAUAAAAUGAUUGAUGUAUCACCUCUCGCUGGUGCAUCCUGGAAAAUUGCCUCACAACAUGUCAAAAAUGCUUAUAAAGAAAUUGCACGAGAAGUUUAUAGAAUAUUGAAAGAUAUGCGCCAGCAAGAUUUAUAUAAUAAUUUUCAAUCAGAUUCUUCUUCUCGAUCACGACCAUUUAUAUUUAUUGAUGGAUUUUGUGGUAAACCUUUGAAUCACGAAGAUAUUAAACAAACAACAACUAAUAAUGAAAUUAAUUUUAAUGUUAAUUAUGAAAUUGACGAUAAAGAAAUUUAUCUAUCAACACAAAAUUUGUUAAAGGAUUUUUCUAAUGAAAAUUUUAUUCAACUAAUUUCUGAACAAGAAGAAGCAAUUGUUCCAAAUAUUUGGGGGGAUCUUUAUGGUAACUUUUUUCAAAACGAAUAUUUACCGUAG